GUUGCCGGGAAACCGCGUACACUCUGCGAGCUCGGCCUCUGGUUCCCGCUGAGAAGUGGUGGCUGCGGGAGGGUUUUCGUCUGCCAGAAUGGCUUCCAGAAGGAGAGUUCUGAGUAUCACUGAAAGACACCAGAAAUUAGUAGAUGAACACUACAACAAAAAAUUGCAUGUUGAUGCCUUAAAAAAGAUAGAGAAGCAAGUCAGGGGUGAAAUCGUGCAUAAUGAAAAUGAUGACCGAGUUGAGCGCAAGAGAUUCCUCAGAUUAUUACAGAACCAACAAUUUGAGUUGGAUAUGGAAGAGGCCAUUCAAAAGGCAGAAGAAAACAAAAGACUGAAGAAACUCCAGCUUGAACAAGAAGAAAAAUUGGCUAUGGAAUUGGCAAAACUAAAACAUGAAAGUCUAAAGGAUGAAAAGAUGAGGCAACAAGUAAGAGAGAACAGUUUUGAAAUCAGAGAACUGGAGAAGAAAUUAAAAGCAGCUUAUAUGAAUAAAGAAAGGGCAGCUCAGAUUGCUGAAAAGGAUGUCAUUAAAUAUGAACAAAUGAAACGUGAUGCUGAAAUAGCCAAAACCAUGAUGGAAGAACAAGAGCGAGUAAUAAAGGAAGAGAAUGCAGCAGAGGACAGACGAAAUAAAGUGAAGGCACAGUACUAUCUUGACUUAGAGAAGCAACUUGAAGAACAAGAAAGAAAAAAGCAGGAAGCUUAUGAGCAGUUGCUGAAAGAAAAACUCAUGAUUGAUGAAAUUGUUAGAAAAAUCUAUGAGGAAGAUCAAUUGGAAAGACAACAGAAGUUGGAAAAAAUGAAUGCAACUCGGAAGUAUAUAGAAGAGUUUCAGAGAGAGCAGGCUCUCUGGAGAGAAAAAAAACGUGAGGAAAUGGAAGAAGAAAACAGGAAGAUCCUCGAGUUUGCCAACAUGCAGCAACAAAGAGAAGACGACCGCAUGGCCAAAGUUCAAGAAAGUGAAGAAAAAAGGAUACAGCUUCAGAAUAUACUGACUCAGAAAUUAGAAGAAAUGCUGCGGCAACGUGAAGAUUUGGAACAAGUGCGACAAGAAUUAUACCAGGAAGAACAAGCUGAAAUACAUAAGAAGAAACUAAAAGAAGAAGCAGAAGAGAAAUUGAGAAAACAAAAAGAGAUGAAGCAAGACUUUAUUGACCAAAUGGCAGUGAAGGAAAUAGUACUCCAGGCUGCAAAGGAGGAAGAGGAGGUCUUCAGGAAAGCAAUGCUAGCCAAACUUGCUGAGGAUGAUCGAAUAGAAUUAAUGAAUGCUCAGAAACAAAGAAUGAAGCAACUCGAACACAGGAGGGCUGUGGAAAAACUGAUUGAAGAGCGUCGCAACCAAUUCCUUGCUGACAAACAACAUGAAAUAGAAGAAUGGCAGUUGCAGCAAAGAAGACAAGGAUGUAUUAAUGCAAUUAUUGAAGAAGAAAGAGUAAAGCUUCUCAAAGAACAUGCUACAAAAUUACUAGGAUAUCUCCCCAAAGGAGUAUUCAAAAAACAGGAUGAUAUUGAUAUGCUCGGUGAAGAAUUUCAGAAAGCCUAUCAGAAAAGGCGCGAAAAUUGUGAAGAGAAGUGAUACCAACGUUUGGUAAAACUUGGAUUCUUUUUCAUGUUACCAGUAGAUGUCAGUGUAACUUUUGUUUUACUGUUCAGUAAUAUUAAGACUCCAUCAUCAUAUUAGGAUUUUCUAAAACAUCUCUAUUGGAAAUAUAAAAAGUGUUUUCUGAUAAAUUAGCAACAAAACUGCUUUUGAUUAUAUUGUUUUUGUACUGGUAAUCUGAAAAGCUGAAUUUUCACACCUACCAGAUUACAGUAUUUCAUGUAUAUAAAAUUCAGGCUAAAACCCAAGAGACUAACUUCACACUCACCUGCUGUCCAGAAGUUUCUUUCUUCAUCCCCUUUCCUCAAGACAGCAUUUAUCCUGAUUAACAGAGCAGUUCACCUUGGGCUACAGUUAGUUCUAUGUGUUUUCUUCACUGAUUUGGCCAAGGAAAUAAAUAUUUAGAAUUUGGGUUUAAAAUAUCUUUCUGUGUAGUAUAAAAAAGAGUAAAUUCAAAGACCUUUAUUACCUAUAGUGCAUAACAUAAAAUAUUUACUAUUCAAGUGCAGUUAAAAGGGGGCUAGUAGAGCAUAAGGACAGAAGUCAAAAGAAGUUCUAACAAGGAACUUUUUGGAUAUUAUCAAAGUUACAAAGACUAAAGUAGAUCACCUAGGAAUUUCCCCAUUCAAGUGCCUUCAUAAAUUCCUCUUCAGUGAAAGACAGCAUCUUGGCAGCUUCAAUAUGCAUCUGUUUUUUAAAAAAACAGUAUUUUAUAAUUUAGUAUUGAGUGAAAACAUAGGAAACUUGUAAAGAUGUAUUCAAUUGUAAGCACUGUUGUAAGAAUGUAUAGUCCAAUAACCAUAUUUGAAAUGUUAAAUGUACUCAUAGGUCAACCUAUCGAAGACUAUUUGUCCAGUGAUAGUAUUGAACCAACCUACUUUUGAGAGAACAAUUCAAUGAUACUGUAAUAACCUUGAAAACAGGAAAGUGGCAGAGCCACCAAUGCAUGUUCUUACCAUCAGAUGAUGUGUGUCAAAAAGGGAAUUGCAAUGUUUUGGAAUCUGUUUUCUCUCAAGGUUUCAAGAGGCAAACCAAUCCUCUAAAAUAAAUUCUUGCAUAUACUUUCCUUACCAGUUUUAUUUAGACUCA